AUGAAACUCAGCACCCUCCUCCCCGUUCUCCCCCUCCUCCUCUCCCCCACCCUCGCCACCACCACCGACCAACCCACCAUCGUCUCCGCCCUCACCACCGUCAACGAAACCACCACCAAGCUCGGCACCUCCGUCCUUACCUGGCACGGCGGCAUCCUCGGCACGGUGCCUAUCCUCGCCGAGAGCACCGCGCUCCUCAUCCAAGUCAAGCAAGGCACGGACGCGGCGUCCGCCAGCGACCCGCUGGACGUGCCGGGGACGCUGGCGGUGGCGACGGCGACGGGGGCGCUGGUCAAGUCGGUCAACGCGACGCUGGGGGCGAUUGUGGAUGCGAAGGGCAAGUUUGAUCGUUUGUUGUUGUCGCCGCUGAUUGCGGUAAAUUUGGGCCUGCAGCGCCGCGCGACGGCCGAGAUGAGUGAGGCGGUGAUUGGGAAGGUGCCGGAGCAGUUGAGGGAGUUGGCGAGGGGGUUGGUGGCGCCGAUUGAUCAGAGUUUUGGGGUGGCGGUGGAGGCUUAUCGGUUGUUGUGA